AUGAGCGAGACUACGAGCGAGACGAGCCCAGUUGGUGGGUGCGGGUAUUUUAGAUUGGUCACUACGCGGCCUGGGUCAGCAAAUCCACCAUUUCAAAAAAAGAGAGUAAAUACUUUUGAUAAAAAUGUCGGUGGAUUGUUAAACAAUGGACAUUCAGGGAAAGAAACACGAGGAAAGAGGAAAUUAUUACCACAAUGGGCUGAGAAUGAUGGCAGGAUAUUGCCUAGACCGGCCACGGGUGCAUUAAUAGCUGCAUUAAUAUUUCCGUCUAAACCUUCAUUGCAUUUCUUGGGAAAACGUUUAAAUCUCGAAGCAUUUCCGAGUAAUAAAUCAGUUCCCAUCCGUAAAGAUCUGGUCUAG